AUGUCGGGGCCAGUGAGUCCAGGCCAGGGCCCCCCAGUGACACAUAGGGUGAACCAGUCUCCAGAGAGCGCGGCGCUGCCUGCUUUCUCCAGCGGGGUUGUGCAGGACCUGAGCAGCCAGAUGUACAAGCCGGGGUACAGCAGCAUCGGGGGCCAGUACCUGUUCCCCCUGGGCCCACGGAAGAGCGAGUACGGCGGGUGUGAUUCGGCGGCACUAUCGCACCCCGGCUACUGGCACCAGCCCCCCGUGGCCGAGCCUCCCUCAGCUGCCCACUGGCCGCAGGGUCACCCCCACCCCGGCCACUCGGCCCACAUCAAGGUGGAGAAGGAUGGCUUCAGCUCGCCUCCCCACCCCUCCUACCCCCACCGUUGGUGCGGCCCCGGCUUCUGGCCGCCCGUCCCCGGCUCCAGCUCUCCGGCCAGCGGCUCCGGACAGCCGUGCCCCGGCUACAGCAGCUUCCCCUCGCCGCCACACAUGUUCCCCAGCCCCUCGCAGCUCAGCGACUCCAACCCGGCAACGCAAUCCAUCGCCGGCUCCACCGGCAACACCAGCGAGGAGGGACAGUCUAGCGACAGCGAGGAGGAAUAUCCGACCAAGGAGAAAAUGGAACAAUUUGCCAAAGAGCUGAAACACAAGAGGAUCACACUUGGCUUCACACAGGCUGACGUGGGAUUGGCUUUGGGGAACCUCUAUGGCAAGAUGUUCAGCCAGACCACCAUCUGCCGGUUCGAAGCCUUGCAGCUGAGUUUCAAAAACAUGUGCAAACUGAAGCCCAUUCUUCAGCGCUGGCUCAAUGAUGCUGAGAGUGAUGGUGGCAUUCAUGAGAUCUGUAACGUGGAGCAGGUUCUCGACCAGUCCAGGAAGAGGAAGAGGAGAACCAGUAUUGAGAAUGGAGUGAAGAAUAACCUGGAGACCUACUUCAUGAAGAGCCCAAAGCCAACCAGUGAAGAAAUCUCCCAGAUCGCAGAAGACCUCCGAUUGGACAAAGAGGUGAUCAGAGUUUGGUUUUGCAACCGAAGACAGAAGGGGAAGAGGAUGACCCUCCCGUGUAUGGAGGAGAAUGAGCUGCAGAUCAACGAGGAGAGCCCAAUCCGCCUGUCUCCUGGCUCUCUCAUGCCAGACCCCUGUGUACCCCAGGGGUACGUGAUGCCACCACACAUGUACAUGUCCCCCUUCCCUCAGCCUCUGCACCCUGCCGUGACCAUGGGGAACCACAGCAGUUAGAGGAGCAAG